AUGGGCAAUCCAACUGACCUCCUGCCUUCGCUAGAUCCUGCCAAUGCUCCUCUCAGUGACUCCUUACCCCCAGCUUAUUCCGAACACGAUCUUCUUCAUCAUGGAACCACCGACCAAUCCCCACAAUAUGAGGCCUCCUGGUCCAACCAAAUUACUGGUAGCUCAGAGACUCUCCAGGGCUCAACGAGGAUAUUUCCUCCCGUAUUGAAUGGCUACUUUCACUGGAAGUCCACCACCACUUUUCACCUGGGCCCGACCGCGGAGGAGAAGCUCUUCGCUGUCUCCCUUCCAGCUGGCCUCUUCAACAAUAAACCUUCGCUUAUCCUACACAAUGGGCCAACGAAACAAGAUGCGACUCUGGCCACAUCCCGUAGCGACAAAUGGGGUCGCCUCAGACCCAUGGACAUCACUCUCUACCCGCAUUCGGCCAACAAUCUCUCCGCAGAAUUCAUUGUGCAAAUGAUUCCUUCCUCCACCAGUCACACCUCCGCGGCAUUCACCUUCGAGAUCAACACUGGUGGUAAAGGCACCGACCGCCAGCGCUUCGAAUGGCGGAGCAGCCACGGUACUGAGAUUAAACAACUGGCCGGUCAUUCCUAUGGUUACAAGUUGGUGUGGCUGUCGGGGCCGACCAUCGGUGCAGGCGGCAGCAGAAAAGAGCGCAAUCUCGGCAUGUCCAGUGAUGGGCUAGAAAUCGUGGCGGUCAUCGCUCAUAAUGCCUCGAUGAGCAUGACCAAGGGCUUCCGAUUUAACUAUACGGGCACCGGGUUAACCGGGACGUUAGGCGCGGAUUGGGAGGUGAUGACCUUGAUCUCGGCGCUGCAGUUGUGGUUACUGGAUGUGCUGGGCCUGCCAACUGCAGGAACCGCUCCAACGAGCAAUGCUGCCUCUUCUUAG